AUGGGCAAAACAGCGAACUCGCGAACUCCCGUACUACUACUCUCCGCGCCCUCUAUUGUACUUGAGAAGGGCAGCUGGGCGGCAAUGCGAUCGCUGAAGCUCGACUCCAGCCUCUGGUCCAUACAUGCACGCAGAAUAGAAAAUACUCGCUCCAUGAAGGCAGAGGAUGGCUGAAUCAGUGAUGUGCGGUGUGUCCUGUGUUCCUGUGGUCUUGGUCUUCGGUAUUUAUUUGGUCUUUGCGUCUUUUCUGUUCUCUCUUCUUGUACAAAAGUCAAGUGGUUUAACUCAAAACGGUAAUCAAGGUUGGUUUAAACAACGAAUGUUUUUUAUUAACACCGAAUCUCCAUCUCCAGAUCUACAAAUUGUUGUCUGAUCUGUGAACUUGAAACUAAAGAGUUAAAAGACCAAGAGGCUUUGAAGGGGAUAAAGAAGCUCUGUUUUGAUUACAAUGAGCUGUCUGAGCGUCUGAGCCACCCCUUACCCCCAUCUCACUCGUGCAUAAUCACCGCUAUGCACGAUAACCCCUGUUAUGCACACUUUCAUGCAUUAAUUAUAAAUAUGCGCGCUCCAACUUAUGUUUUUGCUUAUGCACGAAAAGCCCAGUUAUGCACAAAUAUAAGCAUGCAUAACAGGUCAGGGCCUAGC